AUGGAAACCGUUUCGACGGCAAGCCCGAAGCGGAAUGCUUCCUCGGGUGAUCCUGGCUCGAACGAUGCUAAUAUGAACAGCAAGCCUGGCACCACGGUAAAAUCGCUGGCCGUUACCGGGGUCGAGCCGGAUUCACCCCCAAAAACAUUGUUGAAUAAGCGUAAUAAAGACGGACGAGGCCGAAAAAGCUUCAAGAUUGACCUUCCGGACGGUGUCUCGGAAUUGAAGGGAAAGCGGAACAAGGUUACCGGAUAUUACGUUGAGCCGGGCACCUCAAAAAUGGCCUCGGAACCCAACAGCCCGCAAAGAAGGAGCCCGCAAAAGAACGGCGCUACAAACGAUAUGCUGCGCAAACGUGUCGUUUCGUCGAAGCUGCGCGAUUAUGAGGAACUCUUGAAAACUGAGAGAAAGUCGAUGCCUUCGAAGCCUCACGCCGUCGUUCGCAUCCCAGGAAAACGCGGAAGACCGAAGAAAGUGCGAGAAGAUACCGAAGAGCCGGAAGAGGACGCGAACGCCGAAAGCUCGACAAACGACCUGAAACCUGUUGUAAAAUACAUCCGACUACACAAGCGUCCGAUGUACAACCCGAACGCCUUCAAAGUAAAACGCCUGCUGGCUUCAAUCGUCAAGAAGGGCAACAAGAUCCCCGCGCGCAGGGGUCGACCGCCAAAGUUGAGAGACCCCGUGUUCGUGAGCAUCCCCGAAACCGCGCCCCGCUCAACCACGCCGAUGAAAACCGAAAUGAAGCCGGAGCUUGAUAAUGGUUCGCAUUCACCAUCGCGCAGAAGCGUUUUGGGCGCUGGUAGAACGAAUCUGGGCGAUCCGCACCUCGACGUCGACCUCGGGACCCCUAAGCAAGAAAUCAGUGCACCCAGCUCUAGCACAUCUCCCGACCGGGCGCGCUCCACCUCACCAGCCACAAGCUACGGCUCCUUCGAAGAUAUUUUUGCGUCGCAGAAGUCGGUAGAUCUGCCUGUGAUCGUGCCUGUACCUAUCCCAACGCCUGCGCCGCGGAAGCGAGGACGCCCGCCAAAAGCUGACAAGGCACGCAAACGUCCCAAACGAGAACCGAAGGAUCGGUCGCUCCUGGUCGCCGAUUCUCCGUCCUCUGGGUCGGCCACCGAAGAACCGGCUGAAACUUCGUCGCAGUUCAUGACCAAAAGAUCGACCCAGGAGCCUCGCCCGAUCGUCGAUAUCGAGCUGCCGGAGUUCGACUGGCGUGGCCCCAGGGAGGAUCAAUAUGCAGAUAAAGAUUCGCAGCUGUGCAUCGAUCCACGCGACUUCCAGCAAACCGUGCGACCCCUUCCGGAAUUCAAGCUUAAACGAGGAUUCGCGCAAAAUGCAAUUUUGGAUGCUGAGGAGGAUAAACGUCAGGCUCGUCGCCAAAAGAUGGAGAAAGAGCGAAGCGCACAAGAAGCUAUGGCUGCUUUACAAAAAGGGAUGGCUGAUGCGUUUGAAGAAUACACGCAUCAUUGCCAGGCGAUAGGCAUCUCGUCUCAGGCUCGACGGCGCCGCAUGGUUCUACAACCUCUAAUAACC